ACAGCUAGAUGUCCAACAGUUAGUCCAACUUAUUUUUAUGUUUUUAUAGUUUGCGGUUACAGUUCGAUCAAAGUAUUGACCUUGCGAACUCCGAUAUCGUAAAUAUAAUAGCUGUUUUACGAAUAACAAACUCAUAACUGUUUCAAUUUUCGAGAAGUUUCUACAAAUAGAAUUAAAAAAAAUGUUAAAUAUAGUUACGGUCAAUACAAACCCUUAUGAGGGACAAAAGCCGGGAACCAGCGGUCUCAGAAAAAAAGUCAAGGUUUUCCUCCAAGAUAAUUACACAGAAAACUUUAUCCAAAGUAUUUUAGACGCAAAUAAAGGGUCGCUAGAAGGGUGUACGUUGGUUGUCGGAGGCGACGGCAGAUAUCUGGUCAAGGAGGUCGUAGACAAAAUUAUCAAGAUCUGCGCCGGUAAUGGGGUGGCUAAACUGCUCAUUGGUCAAAAUGGCCUCCUCUCAACUCCUGCUGUUUCUUGCAUAAUAAGGAAAUAUAAAACAUUAGGUGGUAUAGUACUAACAGCAUCACACAACCCGGGUGGCAUAGACAAUGACUUUGGCAUCAAGUUCAACUGCAGCAACGGCGGUCCCGCGCCCGAUGCCACCACCAACCACAUCUACCAGCUCACCACAACCAUACAGCAAUACAAGAUUGUGCCCGACCUCGUCUGCCCUGUUGAUGACAUUGGUGUGCAGACUUUCAAGGUGGCAAAUCGUGAAUUUGUGGUGGAGGUGAUAGACUCAGUGCGCGACUAUGUGGACUACAUGAAGGAGAUCUUCGACUUUCCGAAGAUCCGCAGCCUGCUGCAGGGCUCCGAGCACCGCAAGCCAUUCAAAGUGCUCAUCGACUCCAUGAGCGGAGUGACGGGUCCGUACGUGAGGCGCAUCUUCGUGAGCGAGCUGGGCGCGGGGGAGGAUGCAGUGCGCCGCGUCACCCCGCUGCAGGACUUCGGCGGCGCUCAUCCUGAUCCCAACCUCACCUACGCCGCCGACCUCGUCAACGAGGUCAAGAACGGGGACUACGACUUCGGAGCCGCCUUCGACGGAGACGGUGACCGCAACAUGAUAAUCGGUCGCGACGCGUUCUUCGUGACGCCGUCGGACUCGCUGGCGGUGCUGGCGGCCCAGCUGCACCGCAUCCCGUACUUCGCCCGCGUCGGCGUGCGGGGCUUCGCGCGCAGCAUGCCCACCGCCGCCGCAGUCGACAGGGUCGCCCGCAAGCUCGGCAAGGAGAUGUUCGAGGUGCCCACCGGGUGGAAGUACUUCGGCAACCUGAUGGACGCGGGGCGGCUGUCGCUGUGCGGCGAGGAGAGCUUCGGCACCGGGUCGGACCACAUCCGGGAGAAGGACGGCGUGUGGGCGGCGCUGGCCUGGCUGUCAGUGCUGGCGGACAGCGGCGCCUCCGUGGAGGAGACGCUGCUGCGGCACUGGCGGGAGUUCGGUCGCAACUACUUCGCCCGCUACGACUACGAGGAGUGCGCCGCGGAGCCCUGCGCGCGCAUGAUGCGGGACCUCGAGGAGAAGAUCACCGCGCCCGGCUUCGUGGGGUCCAGCCUCUCCUCCGGCGACAGGAGGUACUCGGUGCAGGCGGCGGACAACUUCUCGUACACGGACCCGAUAGACGGCAGCGUGGCGACGGGCCAGGGUCUGCGCGUGGUGUUCGCCGACGGGUCGCGGCUCGUGCUGCGUCUCAGCGGCACCGGCAGCGCGGGCGCCACGGUGCGUCUCUACGCGGAGGCCUACGAGCCGGCGGAGGCGGGGGCGGAGGCGGAGGCGCUGCGUCGUGACGCACGCCAUGCCCUGCAGCCGCUGCUGGACCUCGCCCUGCAUCUCACACAGCUGCAUCACUACACCGGCAGGGACCGCCCCACUGUCAUCACCUAGACCUCCCCCACCAUCACCAUCUCACCACCUCACCACCUCACCACCUCACUAGCGCUGGCAGUUGGCCUGGACCUAAGUCAAACUGAUUUACUUCACGGGAUAAGCUUCACGUUUUAAAUGUCAAACUUUGCUAAAGAAUCAAAACGUUUUUUCUCUUCAUUUAAUAAUCCAAAACAUUCUCCAUGUUCGCUGAGCAAAUGAUUUAUCAAAUCUGAAAAUGUACAUCCGAAUUCUAAUUAAUUUAAAAUUCAUCAAAAUAUUAUUUAGCGUAUAAACAAUUUAAUGAAAAUACCAAAGAAAGGGAAAAGACAAAUAGAACAUACGUAUUAUAUUAAUGUUGUAAACAAAACAAACAAACAUUAUUUUUGUUUAUUUUACAUGAGAUUUAGAAAUAAUGAGCCGUACAAAAGCUGUUAUAUUUAAUUUUUACAACUAUUAUAUUAAAUUAUUUUAUAUUGUUCAGAGUUAUUGUUAUCAAAGUGUAA